AUGGACGCUUCCAGUGAGCAACCAAAUGAUGCGCCCAUUGCAGAAGAUGAUGUUUCUGGUGAUUGUGGUCUUAGUGGGUCUAUUUGGCAUAGUCCACUACACUCGAUGGCCUGGGGCUCACACCAUUGUAGAUGUGCGGCUGAAACCAAGAAACAAAAUGGAGAAGCUGCUGCAGGAGAGGCUCCAACACUGGGAACACAAAUUCAAUGCCAUCCCUUACCGACCUAAGGAGAGCAUGGCUGGAGUGCUGGUGCACAACAGCUGUGUGUGUGAAGGUGAGCCAAAGCAUAUAAACCUGCCCUUCAUGAAUCUACUGUUCCCGAGAGUGUCUGCCCAGUCUCUACAUACGGCCUUCAAUGCUGCAGAGCUGCCAGAGAUUAAGCAUCGCAGAGCGCAGGAGUAUCGCAACUUCCAGAUCAGGUCCAAGACUCCAGCAGAUUUACUCAUCAUUGCAGAAGCCAACAGCCCCUUGCAGUACCCCGUACAGGGUGUGGAGGUGCGACCCCUCCAGACAAUUCUAAUCCCAGGGCUAGGACUACAAGAAGCACCAAGAAAACUUCACCUAGUGAACUUGACUGCCACAAUGGGGACAUUUGAUGUGUCAGCAGAAGUAGAGGGGGUAAAGGUUACAAGUGAAGGGAGCAUGCACAUCACCUUGUCCAGCAGCCUCCUGCCCAACCUGAACCGACAGCUGCAGUUUGUCGCCUACACAAACACUCUGUUCCACCCCAAUACAGCAGACACCGUUAGCUUUGAAACAGAUGGGCAUCAGUCCAUUUUCAUGAUCAGGAUCCGACAUGGGGUCACACCAAGACUGUAUAACCCAGGUUCCAAAGGAGACUACAACAUCAGUGCCUUAGUCACUAUAGCGACCAAGACAUUCAUGCGCUAUGACAAACUCCAGGGUUUGAUUGAUAGCAUACGUCGCUACUACCCCACAGUCACCAUAAUAAUUGCAGACGACAGUGAGCACCCGAAGCCUGUGACCGGCCCCUACAUAGAGCAUUACAUCAUGCCUUUCGGAAAGGGCUGGUUUGCAGGACGGAAUCUCGCUGUUUCUCAGGUGUCCACCAAGUAUGUGCUGUGGGUGGAUGAUGAUUUCAUCUUCACAGCAAAAACCAAAGUGGAGAAGAUGGUGGAUGUGCUAGAGAGGACCACUCUGGACCUGGUGGGCGGAGCAGUGCAGGAGGUCACAGGUUAUACUGCCACCUAUCGGCAGACUAUGAUGAGGAAGGAUGGUGGUGAGGAGGGCGACUGCCUGCACAUUCGGAGGGGUUUCCACCACGCCCUCCAGGGCUUCCCAAACUGUGUUGUCUGCGAUGGGGUCAUCAACUUCUUCCUGGGCCGGACAGAGAAGGUUCGGCAGGUUGGCUUCGACCCUCGUCUGGCCCGGGUGGCGCACCUGGAGUUUUUUAUUGAUGGACUUGGCUCUCUUCAUGUCGGUUCCUGCGAUGAUGUCAUAGUGAGCCACGCCUCCAAGAUUAAGCUCCCCUGGGGCCAAUCAGAUAGUGAUCAGGCUUAUGCCAAGUUCCGCUACCCCUCUACCUCCUCUGACUCCACCCGCUCUAACAAUGGUCUCUUCUACUUCAAGAAUCGAUUCCAGUGCUUAACUUCAAAUUGAAUACUCCUAUACUACCCCU